AUGGCUUGGGAUAAAAUUUUUGUGAAAAUGAAAAAUAAAGGAUAUGAUCGAAACAUCGACGAGUUGAAGCGCAUGUGGCGUAACAUGCGCACUGCCUACAUGAGACAUAAAGCUGGUUCGACGAGAUCUCCCGCAUCCGACGGAAUGCCGUAUUUUAAAAACAGUGUUGCAGCACUAAAAGGUUCUCUUUUCAGCAACAGAUUCUCUACUAUGGAUUUUAGUGAUAGUGAUCUUAAUUUAGAUGAUACCUCAACAGGACCAUCCACUUCUUGUGAAGCAGGCUCAUAUUCCUGCAUCCCAGUGCUUGGGGACAAAACAAACAAUGUUUCUUCCGCAUUGAAGAGGAGGCGAUCUAAACUUUGCUCUGACGAUGUUCUUGCAUUACGAACCGCAACAGAGGCGGUGAAGGAUCGUUUAGUUCAUUUGAACGAUGCGGACAAGUUUACCCAUUUUCGGCCAGACAGUAACUAUGUGGCUUCUACGCUUAGGAAUCUUCCGGAGGCAACUGCCAAUCAAAAGGUUCUGCUUAUUGUCACCGUGCUGUCCAAUGACGUAGUACUGGCGGACAUAUAA